ACCCAUCGGAAAAUUGGUUCACACCACUUUGUCAAAAACGAGUUCCAACACUGUAUUCCUGAAGAAAGGUCGUGGUGAAGGCGAGGAACCCUUUGAGUUCAAAACAGAUGAAGGUAAACUACGGUUCUAAAAGUAUCUUCAAAACUUUCUGUGGGAUGCUCCGGACUUUAUCGAUGUAACUCAUUUCCUAGAUGCUUAAACAGAGAAAGUGAUCGAUGGACUUGAUAGAGCUGUGAUGAAGAUGAAGAAGCAAGCAAAAGCAUUGAAAGUGGCUUGCAAUCUGAAUGAUGCAGCCUGCAAACUGAAGUUGCAAGACUACAAGCAGCUAUGCACAAAGGUGUUAGAACUGGAAAGCGCCAAUGUGAAAGCCCUAUACAGGAGAGCGCAAGCUUACAUGGAGUUAGCUGAUUUUGACUUGGCUGAGUUUGAUGUCAAGAAGGCCCUUGAAAUUGAUCCCAACAACAGGGAAGUGAAGGUGGAGCAGAGACGGUUGAAGGAGAAAAUGAAGGAGUUCAACAAAAAGGAGGCCAAGUUUUUACGGGAACAUGUUUGCGAAGCUAAAUGUAAGUAUCUCUAGUUUUAGGUGAAACAUGUUCGUUGAUUUUAUGCAGUUAUAAUGGAUAACCAAAUCUUCUUUUUGGGGUGGGAAUAUGCAGGAGUGAUAGCAUCAUGGCGGGAGAAGAAUGGUCUACUUUAGAUGUUUUUAUCUUUCUUAAUUUCGAUUUUUAACUUGGGUUUUAGAUAGACUUCUCGAAGUGUUGUUGUUCUCAAGAUAUUUUGCCUGUACUUGCGUGAUUAAAUUCAUCAGGCAAAAAGAUGAGUCUUGGAUGGACUAAGAAUCUUUCUAGUUAAAUAGUUUUAGUGGUAUUUUUGUUUUGCAGAAUUGCAACUUUUCUUGCAAAAUAUUUCAGGCUCCUUUUCCCGUAACUCUUCAACGUGUUCUUACUACUGAGGUCAAACCAAAGAUAAUUUAUGUGAUGAAGCGCUUUUGUUCAAACCGUCCUAUUUCAAUUGCUGUGACCAUUGAAGAAUAACAAAUGUCAGCGACUGAAGCUUAGUAUUGCGCGUGGUGAUACGGUACGUCACCUCACGGCACGCUCAGUUGCUUUCAUUGUGGAAUUUGGCAGUUUAAUAAGCAUUAAUCAUCAUCGUUGGCUGCUUCCGAUGAUACUGGACGUUAAAAUAGUUUACAAUGGAUGUGAAUGGUUAAUCAAAGAAUAACUUCGAGCUGAUUCUUGUAUAUUCUUGAUGAUAUGGAGGGCGUGCUUUACAUCUUGUCUUCAACCAAAAAUAUCACAAUGCAACAACUUUAUUUGUUCGCGUUGGUUGGUGGGAAAGUUUAUAACUUCACAGUCUUCACUAUUCAGGAUGGUGCCAUAAUCUGAUAGAAAAAGAGGCAGUAGAAAAUCUUCGCUAUAUGAAUAUCUUGCUUCGCAUAAAUUGACAAUUUAUAUACCUUGACGUACUAUUUAUUGCUAAGUGAUAUUCCGUUACUAAUAGAUAAAUAAAUAUCUGAAUAAUGUUUUGGCCUAAUAAACUAAAAACUCUAUCUCUUUCUUUCAAUCAAUGACGUUUAAAAUGAAUGGAGAGAAUACAAGAUUUAUACUAUUCGCAACAGCGCUUUCACGUUAAAAGUUGUAACAGUUAAUAUCGAUACUACCCUUAAUGAAUAAUUAAAUUUAUUAAUAUAUAAUUAUAUAUAACUAUAAUAAUCAAUCAGUUAACCACAAAAACGUGUUUAAAAUAAUAUAUUCAUGUUUAUCCUUAAUGGUUACUCAAAAAGAAGAAAUUAAACCAAUGAUAAAAUAUUGUAUUAUUAUACCUUAGUUUAAUUUGGUUGGAUGCAAUACAUUCAUAUAUUAUAAUAAAUUAAUGAUCUUUUCACGUACUGAAAUAUAAUAGAAAGAGAUUUCAUGUUUUUCACAAUUUUUUAGUAAACAAAAACCAUUAUAACGAUCAUGUAUGCAUGUAUCACUAAUUUUUUUUAAAAAUAAUUAUAUCUUAGUACCUAUUUUCUUUUACAAAAUUUUAAAGUAUAUGAAAUAGUAAAAUAAGUAUGCCACAAAAUAUCAUUAUUCCAAUUAAUGUUUUAGCUUUUUAUUAUAUAUUUUUAUUUCUGUUUUAAUUUUAUUUUGAUUUUGUGUUUUUUGAAAUUUUAAAAAAGGUUUACCUCUAUAGUUUAUUUAUUUGCGUGUAAUGUGUGUAUAUGGUUAUGCUCUCAUAUUUUAAAAAGAGGAAGAUGAAACAAAAUCUGAUAAAAAGAGUUGAACAAAAUUAAGUGAUUAACAAAAACAAUUUAUGAUUGUGGUCUUUAAACUUAUAACAUAUAUCUAAUAUUUCGUAGAAAAAGUUAAGUCUACAACCGCAGGAAAAACACCUAAUUAAUUAUAUAUAUUCUCGUCUUUGGAACUUAUAUGGUAUACUAUUAUAUAUAUUUUAUUACUCAAUAAUAUAAAAGUAUAUAUUAAGUUACAUAUACUAUGUAUUAUCAUAUAUUAUGUAAUUAUCCUAUGUAUCAUAUAGUAUGUAAAUAUCCUUUUAACUAUGGUAAAAACUCUAUAAAUUAAUAAAUCGUUAAAUUAAUACUUUUUUUGGUUUCGAAUUGAGCCGGUUCAAAAUAUAAUACAAAUAAAUAAAAUAGUAAGAUAAUUUUUUUUUGAAAAAUCAUAUGUAAAUAUAUAGUCCUAUUAAAUCAUAAAUUAAUAAUUUAUAUAUAAGGUUUAUGUAAAUAGAACUAAACAUUGUAUUAUUUAUUUUAUAUUCACAGUGAAGCUCAUCGCUUAACCUUUAAUAUAUUUUGAUAUAAUUUAGUAAAAUUAUAUCUAAAACUGCAUUUAACUUCUAUGAAACAUAUAUAUUUCUCAUACACCAAAUAGUAUAACAAAAACAAUAUAAAAGUCAAAUUUCUAAAAUUUAAUUAAUAUAUGUAAUACAUAAUCAAAAAUGCUUCUUAAUUUUUCAAAAAACAAUAUUCUAAAAAUAGAAAAAUCUAAAAUAGAAACUUUUUGUAAAUUAACGACUCUACAAAUUAAUAAAAUUUUAUAUCAAUAACUCUACAAAUGUAUUAAUUUUUAAUUGUAAGUUAGUUACUUUGGUAUUCAAUAAGAGCUUUAUUAAUGAUAAUAAACAAGGAAACAGCGUAUAUAUAAAAAAUUAAAGAUUUGUGUAACCAAAUUGUGGAAGAUGUGAUGAGCAAAAAGUUAAAAUAAUUUUUAUACAAGUUUUAAUUCUCAAACUAACAUUCUAAAAGAUAUGUCUCUCAUCAAAUAUAUUUUUUAUGAUAUGCCAGUCUGGAACACCUCUUUUAUCAAAGAUAUUCUUACUAUAUUUUUUCGAAAAAGAUGUUCUUCUAUCUUACUAUGCAUUUUAGAAAAAUUGAGUCCAUGAAGACAUGGAUUUGCUAUUAUAAACAUCAUCAUAUUAGAUUUCCCUUAUUUCUAAUUUAUUUUUAUAAAGUUGUAACUAUCGUAUAAAACUAAAUAAUGAAAAGCAGAAUGCUUAUAUAUAGAAAAAAAUAUUAAACAAAAAUAUAAAUCGGUAUUAGUUAAAAUUUAAUUGACCAUUUCCUUAUUCAUAUAUAAGAUAGUCUUAUUACAUUUUUAAAUAUCUAUAUAUUUUUAUAGGGUUAAAAGAAGGAAAAUAGAUUCUGAAUUUUCAUAAUAAAAAUAUUUUUUUUUGUAUUUUGUGAAAACUUUUUUCAUGUAUAAAAUGUUUAAAUUUUAAUUCAUUCUAAAUUUUUAGAAUACAUGAACAAUUAUUUAUAUUAAAUAUUUUUGAUUGAUUUAUUUUCUUUUGUCAAUAAUUGAUUGUGAGAUGAUUAUUCCGCAAACCUAAAAAUUAAAAAUUAAUCUAAAUUUUUAUUUUUUAGAUAAAUGAUUAAAGUUAAUAAAUAAAAUUAUCCAAAACCUAAAAAUAUAUUUUAAGUUAAAAAAGAUAAAAUUUAUAUGAUUAGAUAAAUGAUUAAAGUAAUAAUAAAAAUUAUCCAA